AUGAAGCUCCCCAUCUUCCUCUUUCUGGCCCUGCUGGUCACCCUGGUGACUGCAGUUGGCGUUCCCCAGCCUGAUGGCAACGAUGUGAUCAACCCUGAAGUCACCGACAACACUUCUAUUCUGGCCCAUGAUGAUACCAUCAUCCAGGACGACGGAGAAGACGUCUCUGAGCUCGACGACGCUGACGAAGCCACUGUCUACAAUCUCUUGGGCCAGGACGCCGUCGACAACAUGGUUCAUCCCGCCUCCGAGCCUGUCAACCCGAAGCGCGACCCCCAGUGCCCUCGCCGCUGCCGCAUUGACGACAGAGGCUGCUGCCACACUGACAUGUGCUGGCGUGGUUACUGCAGCGGCCCUGGCAAGCUUCCUAUGACCCAAGACGUGAAGCGUGACGUCGAGAAGCGCGAUCCCCGUUGCCGCCGCGCCUGUUCCAACGAUUCCGGCUGUUGCCACUCCGAUACCUGUUCUGCUGGCGUCUGCCUCGGACCUGGUCGCUGGCCUCUUGCGGAAGACGUCGAGUCUGUCAUCGAGAAGCGUGAUUCCGAGUCCGCCAUUGAGAAGCGUGAUCCCCGUUGCCGUCGUGCCUGUUCGAACAGCGCCGGCUGCUGCCACACUGAUACUUGUUCGGCUGGUGUCUGCCUUGGACCCGGCAAGUGGCCUCGUGCUUGGAUGCUGCAGGAGCAGUAA